AAAAAAAAGUAGAUAAAAUUGCACUAAACCGGGGUGAAAUUUGCGUUCAUACUCCUCGCACAUGUUAACUGCUCAUAAGCCCUCUCCAAAAACCUAAGUGCUUCAAACCCGCUUUCUUCCCCCUGUGCCACCAACCGCCGCUGCUGCUUCGGCAAAUUCAGCCACCAUUUCUUGACUCUAUGGACUGGGAAAAGCAACCGCCGCAGCCGGCGGACGAGCCCGGCGGCGGAGGGAUGUUUGUCAAGGUCAUGACGGACGAGCAGAUGGAAGUUCUCCGCAAGCAGAUUGCUUGCUACGCUACCAUUUGCGAGCAGCUCGUUGAGUUGCACAAAUCCCUCACUUCCCAGACCGAUCUCGCUGGAGUGAGAUUGGGAAAUCUAUAUUGCGAUCCCCUGAUAACCUCCGGUGCCCAUAAAAUCACCGGGAGACAGAGGUGGACCCCAACGCCUAUGCAGCUUCAGAUUCUUGAACGCAUUUUCGAUCAGGGGAUUGGAACACCGAGCAAACAGAAGAUCAAAGAAAUAGCCAGUGAGUUGUCUCAACACGGCCAGAUUAGUGAAACAAACGUCUAUAAUUGGUUUCAAAAUAGGCGUGCUAGGUCGAAGAGGAAGCAGCAGGCUGCACCGUCAAACAAUGCUGAAUCUGAAGUCGAGACAGAGGUUGAAUCCCCCAAUGAUAAGAAAACAAAGCCUGAGGAAUUUCAACCUCAGAACAUCCUAACCUCCAGAGCAGAGGAUCUCUGUUUUCAGAACCCUCAGACGAGUUCAGCAAUACAUUCUGUCGAUCCAAGAACCAGCAAACCUGAACCAAUGUUGCCCCCUGAAGGAAGCUCAAAGUUUGGGGGUAAUUUUGGGCAAAUGUCCUUCUAUGGAAAUAUGUUAUCAAAUCCAAGAAUGGACCAGUUCAUAGGAAAGAUAGAAGUCCCCGGGAACUACAAUCCUUAUUUACAGCAAGACGACUACAACAUGGAUGGAUAAGCAUAUAGGUCUCUUGACUUCUGGCAUAUGUGCUUUAUGAACUGAAAAUAUAUUAGUUUGAGCUGAUUAGUUACUUCUACUCGAACUUGGAGACUAAUGCUGAUCUUGUCAUCUCGACUCCACUUUGAAGAUGAAAUUUGUCUUGCCAUUUUGUUGGUAUGACGAAUGAAGUUAGUAUUAUGAUACACAUAUAUCACUCCAGAGUCGGGGGCUUUAUUGUUCAUUUUCGAUUUGUUCUUUUUCCUACUGUCUCACUCCGUUGCUUUACGAAUAUUGUGUGGCUUCUCUGUAGAUUUGCCAGAUUAACAGAUGUUCUUACUUUGGGUCUUUGAUGAUUGUUUUAGCAACAUCUGAAUGUCUGAUAGUUGGGAAAAUAUAAUGAUUCAUAUGAUAUUUUGUUUUUUUUA